AUGCGGGGGCCCCUCGGCCGCGACGCCUCCGCCGCCGGCGCCGGGGGAGGAAAAGGAGAAGACGACGCCGCAGCCGGCAUCAUUCGCCACGACCGCAAGUGCCGGGACCUGCCGUUCCUCGCCCUCUUCGCCGCCUUCUGGGUCGCCAUGAUUGUCAACUCCAGCUUCGGGUUCAACCAGGGCAGCCCGCUCAGGCUGACUUAUGGACUGGACUACAAAGGGAACAUAUGUGGCAGCAAACACGGUGAUCCAGAUUUGAGUGAGCUGGAUGUUCGUUACUGGGUGAACCCCAACCAGGUGUAUCAAAGUGGGCUCAAAAAUAGCACAAGUGAUCUAGCUGAUGCUAAGUCCAUCUGCCUGAUGGAAUGCCCCUAUCCUGCGGAAGAUGGCCUGAACUUUGUUUGUGAUUAUCCGGAAGGCGACAUACGGCUCUCUGUCGAUGAUUGGAUCGACAGGGACUAUGAUUACUUUGAGUAUCUCACGCCAGAUAUGAGAAACAGUUCUCUUCAGUUGCAGGGUCCAUGUUACCCCAUCAUAUUUCCAAGUAUAAAUGUCUACUGGAGCUGCCAGUUUAUUGCAAGGCCAUCCAAUGUUUCUCUGAAGCAUUGGCAGCAGAUGGGUGGUGUCAGCAUUGAUGAAAACAUGCUAAUAGACAAGACAAUUCACAAUACCAUCAACUAUAAAUCUUCUGUCUUAAAGAGAUAUGUUGCAGAUAUUGGGAAGUCCUGGCCUGUAUUAAUUGUUUGUGGGGGGUUACUCCCCCUUUUCCUAUCUUUGAUCUGGUUAGCGAUGAUCCGCUAUUUUGUUGCUGGGAUGCCAUGGGUAACAGUGAUCCUCUUCAAUGCCCUUGUAAUAUCAGUCACAAUGUUCUUCUAUAUAAAAGCUGGCUGGAUUGGCAAUGAUCCCUUAACUGUUGUAAUCGGUCCAAGUGAUCCAUAUGUCAGCAUAGGGGAAAUAAACCACCUUCAUGCUGCUGCUGUAUUGAUGACAGUGGUAAUGAUCAUUGCUUUCCUGACUUCAAUAGCUAUUGUUCGGCGUAUACUGAUAGCGACAUCCACAACCGUCCUAAAGGUGGCUGCAAAGGUCAUUGGUGAAGUCCAUGCACUCAUUAUCUUUCCGGUCGUACCAUACUUCGCCCUUGCUAUCAUCUAUAUGUUCUGGUUUGCCGCGACACUGUAUCUUUUCAGCUCUGGUCAAGUUCUGCAAAAUGAUUGCAAUGCAGAGUGCUGCUCAUUUGAUCUCAAGCUGGGAAAAGUAAAUUGCGACAGCUGUUGUGGGUACAGUGUCCAUUACACCCCUCAUAUUGGCAUUGCAAUUCUUUUCCACCUGUUUGGCUGUUACUGGGCAACGCAAUUUUUCAUCGCAUGCUCUUCGACCGUGAUUGCUGGAUCAGUUGCUUCAUACUACUGGGCGCGUGGUGAAAUAUCGCAUGACAUACCAUUUCAUACCGUGGUCUCCUCCCUGAAGCGUUUGCUGCGCUACAGCCUUGGAUCUGUGGCUCUAGGUUCACUGGUCGUAUCGAGCGUAGAAUGGGUGCGGUGUAUACUUAAAGCGCUCCGCCGUAGGCUGAAGGGGGUUGAUUCAACCGGUGAAAGCCGCCUCGGGAAGACAGUGUCAUCUUCAUCUCACUGCUGCUUGGGCUGCAUAGACUGGACCAUCAAGUCAGUGAACCGGAAUGCCUAUAUCGUGAUUGCGGUUACGGGGAAAGGAUUCUGCAAAGCCUCCGAACUCGCGACGGGGCUGAUAAUGAACAACAUACUGCGCAUCGGAAAGGUGAAUGUCAUCGGAGACGUGAUCCUCUACCUGGGAAAGCUGUGCGUGAGCCUGUCCAGCGUGCUGUUCGCGUUCCUCAUGCUGGACACCCACAAGUACAGGUCUGCUCACAACAAGAUAUCGUCUCCGCUGUUCCCCGUGCUGCUGUGCUGGGCGCUCGGGUACGUGGUGGCACAGCUCUUCUUCGGGGUGGUGGAGGCGUCGGUGGAGACGAUAAUCCUGUCCUUCUGCCAGGACGCUGAGGAGCACGACGGGGAGGCGCAGUACGCUCCCCCGCUGCUCAUGGAGACGCUGGGCGACACGAGCCAGCUGCAGAGGCUCACGCAGGGCCCUUGA